UUAGUACAGUCGAGCCGCUAGUGUGUUGUGCCCACGUGUGCAGCUCGGGCUUCCAUCAGAGCGCGCAGGCUGUAACAGGACAGUAUUUAUACACACACACACACCGCUAGAUAGAAGGACCGCCCACGCUCUCGUUUUGCCGCAAUUGCGCCAUCGAUAUAUAGAGGGAAAAAAUGCAGCCUCGCAGUCGGCUAACUGGCGGCUAACCGACAGCGCGUUGUUGUUGUUGUUGUUGUCGUUGACGAUAAGGAUAUAUAUAUAUAUAUAUAUAUCGCACGGACUGUACGUGCGCGCGUGCGUGCAUAAAUACAUAUAAACACACGCGUGCGUAGCUGUAUAGAGUGCGAUAAGAGAGAGGAUCGCGAAGAUGACGCACGAGAACGGAAAGCAGCAGCAGCAGAAGAAGGACGAGGAGGAGGAGGAGGAGGUGGAGCUGAGGUCCCUGGCCAGACGCACGAGGUUCCACGUAAACAGGGUCGACAGCAUCGAGGGAAGGGCCAGCCUGCUGGGCGAUCAGGAGACUAGAAAGUCCCUCAGGCACAUGACCAGAGAGGCUCUGCCCAGGCUCGACAACUACCGCAACAUUCUCAGUAUCCAAGCGGCCCACAGGCCGAGUUUAGACGAGCUACACAACCCCACCCUCGACAAGAGCACAACAUGCAACGUAGCGCCGACGAGCGACGACCUCCACACGAAGAUGGCAGCAACUGGGGUGAAAUUCGGCUGGAUCCAAGGCGUCCUGAUAAGAUGUCUCCUGAAUAUAUGGGGAGUCAUGCUGUUCCUUCGACUCUCGUGGGUCGUCGCGCAAACCGGAGUCGGCGAAGCGAUACUGCUCAUCAUGACGACGACCGUCGUCACGACGAUAACGUCGCUGUCAAUGUCUGCCAUCAGUACGAACGGCUUGAUUAAAGGAGGCGGAACGUACUACAUGAUAUCGAGGUCCCUGGGUCCGGAAUUCGGCGGCUCGAUCGGCCUGAUAUUCUCACUGGCGAACGCGGUCGCUUGCGCCAUGUACGUCGUUGGAUUCUGCGAGAGCAUGGUUGACUGCCUCAAGGCCUACGACGUCUGUAUGUUCGGCUGUGACAGCAGAGAUGUGCGAGUCAUAGGGGUCAUAACGAUAGCCGUACUGCUGUUGAUCGUGAUGGUGGGCAUGGAGUGGGAGGCGAAGGCACAAAUGGGAUUGCUGGUCAUCCUGCUCGUGGCUAUCGCCGAUUUCUUGAUCGGUGCGAUCAUUGGCCCCAAGAACGACGAUGAGAAGGCCAAGGGUUUUAUUGGAUUCAAUCCGAAACUCUUGGAGGAAAAUUUCUACCCGGACUACAGGGCAAGCGAGGGCACCUCGCACAAUUUCUUCUCGGUCUUCGCUAUCUUCUUCCCCGCCGCCACUGGUAUUCUGGCUGGUGCCAAUAUCUCCGGUGACUUGAAGGAUCCGCAAACGGCGAUACCGAAAGGCACACUCCUCGCCAUCCUUAUCACGACGUUGUCAUACCUGUUGAUGGCUCUUAUUGUGGGCGCGACCGUGAUGCGCGAUGCCAGCGGCAACGCGGCCGACUUGGUAGCCAACGUCGUUAACGAAACCGCCAACUCGCUGCUCAACGACUCGGCGGUUAAUUUCUUGCCGCCUGCGGCAUCUGUUCUCAAGAAUCUCACGGAAUACGGCACUAACUUUAACUGCACUGUCGAUGAUGAUCCCGUGACCGGAUGCAAGUAUGGCAGUCAAAAUAGCUUUCAGGUCAUAGAGCUAGUUUCGGCCUUUGGACCGUUCAUUUACGCUGGAUGCUUCGCGGCGACUUUGUCAAGUGCUCUAGCGUCGCUCGUGUCGGCUCCGAAAGUUUUUCAGGCUCUUUGUAUGGACAAGCUCUACCCUGGAAUCGACUGGUUUAGUGGCCAGGAGGGAAAGGAGCCCGUCAGAGGCUAUCUGCUCACGUUCAUCAUAGCCAUAGCUUUUAUUCUUAUAGGCGAACUGAAUGCCAUAGCUCCGUUGAUAUCCAACUUUUUCUUGGCUGCCUACACGCUUGUCAAUUUCAGUACUUUCCAUGCUUCGUUUACCAAGCCUAUCGGCUGGCGUCCUACUUUCAAGUAUUAUAACAUGUGGCUGAGUCUCGUCGGGUCGAUUCUCUGCGUAUCUGUGAUGUUUUUGAUUUCCUGGUGGACUGCGCUCAUAACUCUCUCCGUCGUCUUGGCCUUGUAUCUGGUGGUUUCUUACAGGAAACCCGACGUUAAUUGGGGAUCGACGACACAAGCUCAAACCUACAACAACGCCUUGACGGCGGUGCAGCAAUUAGAUAGAGUAGAGGAGCACGUAAAAAAUUACAGGCCUCAGAUUCUCGUUUUAACGGGCAAGCCUAGUUCACGGUCGUCACUCCUCGAUUUCGCACAACACAUUACAAAGAAUCAGAGUCUCUUAGUAUGCGGGCAUAUUGUACAGAGUCCUCUGCCACACAAAACGAGAGCCAUGAUGCUUGCCAAGACAACGGCCUGGUUAAGGUCGAACAAAGUUAAAGCGUUUUACUCGCUCGUCGAUGGUGCUUCCUACCAAGACGGUGCUACGUCGCUCAUGCAGGCGUGUGGCCUCGGUAAGAUGCGUCCCAAUAUUUUGCUCAUGGGCUACAAACAGGACUGGUCCAGCUGCCCACGGGAUAAUCUAGUUUCGUACUUUAACGUCAUGCAUAAGGCUUUGGACAUGCACAUAGCCGUAGCUCUUUUGAGAAUGAGCGAAGGUCUGGAUUACGAGUUCUGCGACGAAGAGAAUCAAGAUUUGCAGAAAAAGCCAACUGCCAGACUCCCGCCUAACCAGAGUUUCUCGCAGCUGAGUCAGGCAAGCAGUAUUUCGGACGUAUCGAUGCCUGGCAGUCCGACGCCAAGACGAGGCAACAAAGUGAUCAAUGAAAGUCCGAAUCCGAACAGCACACCGAAGAGCGACGAGGGAAAAGACAACCAGGGCAAUGUAAUCGGAAUCCCUAAGGACGUAUUCAAUAGCCUCAGCAAGUUCCACAAGAAACAGAAGAAGGGUACGAUCGACGUGUGGUGGCUGUACGACGACGGCGGCCUAACACUUUUACUGCCUUAUAUUAUUAGCACUAGGCGAAACUGGUCGAGUUGCAAAUUGCGAGUGUUUGCCUUGGCAAAUAGAAACUCCGAGUUGGAAUACGAACAGAGGAGUAUGGCGAGUCUCCUGUCUAAAUUUCGCAUAGAUUACUCAGCACUUAAGGUGAUUUCCGGAAUCUCAAAGCCAGCACAAACGGAAACCGUCAACUUCUUCGACACUCUCAUAGCCGAUUUCAUGGAAGACGAGAACGCAAGCAGCAACUCCAACGUUGACGAAGAUAGCGUCAUCAGAGAAUCUGAACGAUUAGCCAUGAAAGAAAAGACGAAUAGGCAUUUACGCCUACGAGAAUUGCUGCAGGAAAACUCAACGGACGCCAACCUCGUCGUCAUGACUUUGCCUAUGCCAAGGAAAGGAGCAGUCUCAGCGCCAUUGUACAUGGCCUGGCUGGAGGCGCUGACGCGCGACAUGCCUCCUUUCCUGCUAGUCCGAGGAAAUCACACAUCCGUGCUGACCUUUUAUUCGUGACGUGCUUAUGUGUUUAUAUUAUACAGAUGGCAGCGUAGCGUCGACUAACUAAAACCCAACAUUAUUAAGAUUUUAAAUACUAACAAGUAUUAGAUAAAAAUACGCUUUUUAUAGAUCCAAAAAGAUAUGGUCCGAAUUAUAUUUAAAAAAAAAAAAUUAUUUAUCAACUGACGCGUGCGUGUGACGUUGAACACCAUCAUCCAUCCACGUGUGAGGAUUCUUGUAUUGUUAUAUUCGCCACAACCGUACGACAGUUUAUACGAAACGCUUCGGAACUUGCAAGACUUAUUACCACAAGAACGAGAGAUCGCAGCGAUUUCUCGCGCACUGUACAGAUAUCGUUUGGAUGUGUCUCCAGAUAUAUUUUUUUACUGUAGUCCUAAGGUGACCCUCCGUUUUAUAAACUAUCCAAAAGAGCAACAACUUUUUUUCAACCCUGAAAACAAUCAAGUGACAUCGGAACAUUAAAAGAAAAGAAUAGGAUGCGCAUACUUAAUUAAAUACGAUGGAAAUUUUAGGCUAUAUCUAUUUUAUUACAAUUGCGCUUUGAUAUUUAAUUGUACGACGUAUUGUAUCAAUACGCUACUCUUAAUAAGUUAUGAUUGUAACUGUA